AUGCAUUCGACCGUCUUCACCGUUUUACUCUUUUCCUCUUUGAUCGGAGGAACCUUCGGGUUCUGGUCGGACUUCCCACCCGUCUUUCUCAACUCUGAAAACGACGGAUCCCCAAGGAAUGCUGUUGAUAACGUCAAUGAUCCUAUCAAAUAUCAUUUCCUCCGCCCCUCGGACAUUACUGGAACAAUGGCUAGGAAAUUCGUUCUCAAGCUGAACAAAGCUAUUGCAUCUGGAGAUACCGCCGAAAUCGGGAAAUCGUUCUCAUCUAACUUUAUCCUACACGGAUGUUAUGGCCUCUUCAACAAAAAUCAAACAAUCGAAUUGCUCUCGCAACCAGUGGACAACGUUAUGUGGCAAUUUGAAUACAUCAAGUUUAGGACAGAAGACAAGUUUGUCUGGAUUUACUUGAAGCCGCUGAACAAAUCUGAUAAUCUUGAAUACGUUCUCGAAUGGAGUUCGAUCUUCGACGUAGUCUCCAAUGGAGUAAUUGAGAAUUGCCCUCAGAAGGUCCACCAAAAGUUCACCAGUCACGAAUCACUUCUUGAUGAUUUUUAUUGA